AUGCUCAUCAACGCAUUAAUUACCACUCAUCCCUUCUCACUUCUUUUAUUACUUCUCCUUCUGUUCACUGAUGUUUGCUCAACUCAUUGGACCAGCUCAGCAUACCCGGACUUACGCGGUCCGUCGGUUGUCAAAUGCGGCGUUUCACCACGGCCCGGAACGCUUCUGUACUUAUGUGACCCUGAUCGGGUUUUGAAUAAAACUGCAGGAGAAAAACUGAACGAACGUUUGCAUGAAUUAGCAGUUGGCACACCGUGUCAUUGUCAGCGACGUUCGCAGUGUACAUCCGGUGAUGAGCUGAGCAGUCCAUUUCACGGAUUCAUCGUUUCGGUUGCGUUGGUCAACAAUCUUCAUAUGACCAUUCACAGCCCUUCUGAGCAGCAAUUGGUCGACCGUGCAGAGGGUUUCUGUCGUACUUUAGAAGGACGAUGGGCACUUGGCGAUUGUGGAAAUUCGGUUAUUGUUUUCGUUUGGACACAUUACAAAAAGUUGGUGAUUUGGCCAGCGAGGCUUGCCGAGAAAUAUGUUACAGCGGAUGAAAGGCGGCAAAUUCUAUCCAGUGUUAAUUCAUUGGUACAGACUGAUCAGUGGUCUGAAGCACUUACACAAGUUGUUGCAGCAUUACAUCGUGAAUUACAAGGCGAACCGUCUGAUCGAGUUGAUACAGGAACACUUUCGUUGAUCAUCGCCGUAUUCGUUGCAUCACUGAUCGUUGUUUUAAUCACAUGUUGCGUUUGUGCAAUUCGGUGUUGUGGCAAUCUCAGAAAUGGAGAACACGAGAAUGUUCGUAAGGCAGUGCAACGAGUUGGCAGUAUCCGUGCCGAAGUGAUCAGACGUGGUAGUCAGUUUCGGCGAUCUUUCUCGAGAUCACCAAAGUUCUCGAUAAGGAGCGAUAAUCCGAUCGAUGCGAGUUUCUACCCUGAUACAACGGUUGUUUAG